GUUGGCGUUAGAGGACUAUUAUGUGCCCAAAGCCGAGGCGGAGGAGGUGGAUGUGGUGGUGGAGGUGGAGGAGGAGAGUGGACGAGUGACGCCGAGGAGUGACAACGUAUCGGUGGAGCUUCAGGAGAGGAAACUGCUGGUACAAAGGUGAGUUGACGCGUGGCAGCCUCAGGUGACGCACCACGUCUACACCCUCGCCUCCUCCUCCCGCGCCUCCCCCCGCACCCCAGCACCUGCAGCCCCUACACAGUGCCGUACGCCUCCGACAAGCGUCCCCAACGCCCCACCACCUACGCCUGUGCAUAAGCCGCACGCCAAACACGGCUCUCUGCCAGACCCGCCCCGGCUGGUGAGGAGCAGCAGACCCCGCCAUGGAGAGCCACACGGGCCCCGGCGGCCUUCCCAAUACCUCUGGGCCGAAUUCGCCUCUUGUGGACGGCUCCCACGAGGGUGAGUCACGCGACGACACACAGCAGGGCGUAGACGGGUUCGCCGCCGCGCCGGGCACCACGCAUGGUCUGGCGCCGCCCUCCCCAGCCACAGCAGGGGAUCGGCGCAGCCGCAGCCACAGCCCAGAGCCUGACCCGCCCCCGCCCUACGACUCCCUGGUGGUGGGCGGCAGGCAGCCAUCACAGCGCCGCUCAUUGCCUGGGCCGCCGCCGUCCUACGCCUCGGCCUACAGCUUGGAACAGAAGGCCGCCACCAGCUUGGCUCAGGAUCCGGGGGGGGAGGGAGAACCUACUCCGCCCCGCAGAGUGAGGAAGCGCCCGUGCGUCACCCUUAACAUGGAGGAGGCGCUUGCGGCGGCGAAGGAGCCGUGGGCCAGCCUGGGACCGGGCCAGGGCGCCUCGCCGUGCCCUAGCCUGCAACAGCAGGAAGGUUCAGUGACCGACUUCAAGAGCAACGGCAGCAACAACAACGUGUUCUUCUAUGUGCAGGACGAGACGGAGGACGAGGUGCCGCCGACGGGAGAGGCGGGCAUCAAAGGCUGCGACAAUCUUGGGUUCGUGGCUGACGAGGCUGAGGGCAGCCCUGUGGCAGGCUUCGUGCCGCCCGCAAGGGCCCCUCCCAGGCCACGCGGCCGCGCCUCGGUUGGCGCCCCUCCCCGCGCACUUACCACCGACACACCUGCCUCGUCUUCCGCCCAGGCCACGCUGCUGGCACGCAGUAAUUCAAACCCCGAUUUUUUUACGCCGCCCGGGCAUGGACUGUGCCACGCCCACAGCUUCACCGCGGCGCCGGCCCACACCCACGUCCACGCCUCGUCCACUCUCAGGAAGCGCAGCACUUCGCGCGGCCGCCCAAGUGUCGGUCCUGCAGACGCCCCUGGGAAUGUUCAGGUCAAGGAGACGUCCUUCACCGGAGGCGGUGGCGACAAGACGCCGCGGCAAGCAACACUGGCCGUAGAAGACAGCCCCGGCCUGCUACGGAAGAUCUUCAGCAGCUCCUUCCUGGGACUGUCACGCAGCCCCUCUACAAAGUCGUGCAGGUCAGUACGUGACGACGUCAGCGGCAGACACUCCCGCACCCCCAGUGGCCAGUCCAGGACAACCCAGGGGCCGCCCAGCGUGCGGGAGGAGAGUCACCGCCACUACAUCAUGCACCAACACCUUUACCGCAACAGCCGCCGCAACGUGCAGGAAAAGCUUCACCGCCAGCUGAGUGAGUCUGACCACAGCCACCACCACCACGGCCACCGCCGCCACGACUCCCCUGACGGCCACGGGCACGGCCGCGCCCACCACCACCACCAUCACCAUCACCACCGUUCACAAUCGCAGCGCAGCCCGGCACGCCCACGCCGACACGAGCCUCUGCGGCGCCACAACACGUAUGGCCACGAACACUACCUCAAGCUGGGCCAGGAGCUGGAGGAGCGGUGCAUGCGAGAGGACUCGCUGGAGCGGGAGGAGGAGGAAGAGGAGGAUGGGGAGGAGGAGAACCCCGUCAGGAGGGUAUCGCACUACCAGCAGGAGGAGAAGGGACUCACCGACGUGGAGAGAUGGGUGGGCGUCCAUGGAGGGGGCAGCGAGGAGGGCGCAGAGCCAACCGCCACCACGCCCAUGGCAGCUGCCAUGCCCACCACGCCCACCACGCCCCACAUCAUCGUGUCCACUGAGGAGGAUGAGGGCGCUGGGACUUCCACGCAGAAGGCGAGACCCACGCUGGAAUUCAGCGAGGACCAGUGUGACAGUUCAGCCUCCAACGGACAGGUGACCAACAACGGCGCCGCCACUGCACCUGUCAUCGGGGGGCCGCUCACCGAAGAGAAGCGGCCCAAGCUUUCGCUCACAAUGAACUCGCUGGAUCUGCCGGACGCCCGCCACCCCUCCCUGGACUUCACCACCUACAGGAAGACUCGCAGGAACUCCAUGCAGGAGAUCAUGAAACGCGUGGGCAGCAGCCAGACCAACCUGCCCCCUCUGCACCCCGGCCACAACAUCCGCCGCUCCAGCUCCCGCAACAGCCUGGAGCCCUCCGUGGUGGACUGGCGGCAGGAAGGAAAUGAUUCUCUGAUCGCCUGUGUAAGUGCCCUCUAUGGCAAGCUGCUGGUGGUGAUGGGCAUGGCUUUCCCCAUUGCUGAGGUCAUCUCCCAUGACAUACCCAUCUCCUUCUAUAAUGGCUUCUACCUCUACCUGUACGUCGGGUCCAUCCUGUUCCUGGUGUACGCUUACGUCUUCCUGCUGCAGACCAUCAACAUACCCACCAGCCAACUCAAGUCCAAGUUUCAGACCCUGCGAAGCUACGUGCCCAUGCCUGAUUUAAACACGGUGCUUCCCCUCCGCAAGUCCAGCACAUCCAACACCAAGGGGACAGGUCGCCUUAAUGCCAGCAAAGAUUCACGGUACCCCGGUGACAUAGACAAGGAGAGUGACCGAGCCUCCAUCAACACCAUGAGCUUCAAGCCGCCCAAGUAUGGCCUUGCCGAUGACAACCAUGGGUCCAUGUACCUCAAGAUGGGAGCUGUCUUGUUUGGCAUUGGCAGCAUGAUCUACAGUGGCCUGGAGGUUGGGCAGUACUUUGAGCUGCAGGCAGAUGACAGCUGUGCUGACAUUCUGCUGGUGAUCUCGCCAGCAGCCAGGAUGCUCUUCACUUUCAUACAAAUGUAUUUCAUCUUCCUUAACUCAAGGGUUGCCAUCAGUCGCCACCGCGUCAUUGCCAGGUUUGGGCUGAUGCACAUGAUUGGGACGAAUCUAUGCAUCUGGCUCAAUGUGCUGGUGCAGGAAACCAAACACGAGAUCAUCAACCUUCGCUUCGGCCAUGGCGGCCACCAUGGAGGCAAUCUUUGGGCUGUGAUCUUGGAUGAAGUUCGUGGGACCAACCUGACGGGUCACCAUCGUGAAGGUCAUGGAGAUUCCGCUGUGUUGGGAGACCAUGGCCAUGGGAGUUCACAUGGGCAUGGUGGGGGCACCCAUGGGGGCCACCAUGGACAUGAUGCUGUGGCUCAUGUGACUCAUGCUCCUCUAAAUGACACUCACAAUGACCAUGACAGUCAUGAAGUAGAUGAGGUAUACAACAGCAGCUACCCCCAUGCAGAAGCACUUGUUUCGCAUGGAGAAACAGACCAUGGACAUGGAGGCCAUGGAGGACAAGCAUUCAGCAUCUAUGAGUGCAGUCGCUCAGAACUCAUGGGAGAAUUGGUGGACAAUGCAUCGCCCUUCCUCUUCCCGUGCACCAUCGAGUACUCGCUACUGUGUGCUGGUGUCCUGUAUGUGGUGUGGAACAACAUAAACAAGCCAGAGGUUGCAUGUGACGGGGACUCCGACAUUUCAACAUAUGUUGCUCGCAAGGCCCGUCACCACUACUCUGUUGACUGUGCCCAUGCCAAUCGUGGGCUGUUCAUGGGCAUCCUCAUGCUGGUGCUGACCAUCAUCUCCCUGAUCCUGUUCUUUGUGCUCAUCAACAAUGAAGCCUACAAGUCCCUGGCCAUCAUGGAAGCCAACAUCAUUGAGCUGUCUGUGUACAGCGUUGCCACUGUGACAGUAGUGGUGGGGAUGAUACAGAUGCGGGAGCUGGAGUUUGUGCCAGAAGGCGACAUAGAGUUGGACAACAUUCUGCUGCUUAUCGCUCAGACUGGUGUCUACAUCUACACUUGCUUUUCCAUCAUCGGGGGACAUUUCACCAUGAGCGUUAGUGAAGACCGAUCGUUCAUGGUGCUGCCGCUGCUGUCAGCCAUCAUCACACUCACCCAGACCACUCUGCAGACCAUCUUCAUCCUGGAUGCCACGCGUCGCUGCUGCUACAACCAUGACCAACUUGAGCGUAAGCCUGGAAGAGAAAUGGUUACUUUCCUCCUGGUGUGUAAUCUUGCGAUGUGGGCGAUCAACACCUUCGAGACGUCCCGUGCAGACGCCCACCCAACGCAGCUCAACUUUUACGGCAUCUGGGCAUGGACCAUCAUUUCCCACAUAUCAAUGCCUCUCGCCAUCUUUUACCGAUUCCAUGUCACUGUCUGCCUAUGUGAGAUAUGGAAGAGAUCCUACAAACUCAAGAAUGAGUUUUAGAUUAGCCUACGUGCCACCCAGGCUGUGAGGUUAUCAGGAUAAGAGUGCUAGACAUAAAAGGCAAUAUCUGGAAGAAGCAUUCAAGAGGAAGACCUUACUGUCACCCUACUUUCUCAAUACUGCUGUCAUUAACAUGAAGCAUACUAGAGCUCAAAGGCCAGUUUUCCUCCUUAACAACUCACAGUGUCUAGUAUUACUAUAAUGGUAAUGCUGUGGUGGGUAAUGGGUGCAAAUAUUCUGAAACUGAAGACAAAAUGAAUGUCAAAGAUGCUGCUCUUUUAUCUGUCUAUUUGCUCUACAGUUUUGAUAGCCUGUUUGCUGUGGGUAUUCCCCCUUGAUGAUGUAACCACAGAGUCUCCAGUUCUCCCUGUUCAUACACUCCUUCUCAAGUGGAUCAACCUCUAAAUUAAUAGCAAUGAGUGCUCCUUCUUCAGAAGUGCUUGUGUGGGGGUGAUGCUAAAGAAACAGUGGAUUAACUUCUCUGGAUCCCCACACACUUCAAGGAUCUACUACAAGAGUUUAGUACAGUGGUGGGCUAGCGUUGUAAGGAAAAGCUAAUGUUGCCAAAUACUCAUCUCAAACUACAUUUUCAAAAGACUGUGUGAUCUACUUUCCCAAUAUAUUUAUUGAUACAUGCUCCUGAACAUUGGAUGAUUGUGUUCUUUCCUCUUUCUAUCUUUAUUACUUUGUUUUCAUCUUGUUUAUAACCGAGGCCAUUUUGACUCCCCAGCCUGUGUACACUGAGGUGGGACAGGUGGUGAUGACUUGUAUGAAACACCACAAGGGUGUCAGUUUUGAGACUGAUCUUUAACAGCAGAAAGAUGUUGUCAGUCCGACAUCAAAAACCCUGAACCCACUGCACUUCAGGAGUACACUUGCAGCAGGCAAGUGUUUGGCACUUGGCACUACCAGUGACUUACUGUAGGACUGAAUUUUGUUGAAUUUUGUUUAUAAGAUGAAUGUUGCACUGUAAGUUAUUAAUAGUUCAACUUUCUGCACAUGAUAAAGGAACAUUUCUUGUUGUAUCACCAGCAUCACACCUGAGUGACAGAUCAAAUGUAAUAUUUUUAAAUAUUUUAUAUUACAUUUUUUAGAUAACCCUAAACUUGUUCAAAGUUUGUUAUAACUAGGAGCUUUUACAAAUUUUUAGCCUCCUUAUUAUCUCUUAUGUUUUGAAAAUCCUAAACCUGGACUUAGAAUAUAUCUUAGUGGCAUGAAGGCUGCAGUCAUUGUUAUGGAACACUGCAGUAAUAAUAGGCUGUAAUUCUGGCACAGAGCAAGUACUGAUUAAUAGUGUUAACCAAAGUGAGCAGCUGAGACAGAUUGAUUUCAAAUAAAUAUGAUUGCCUAACAUUCAGGAAUCCCAAGUAAAGCCCAGUACACUUUUGAUAUACCGGGUAUUUACAGUUAUAAGUAGGCCUACAUUAAAGAUAUAAGUAUAUUGCAUCAGAGCUGCAUCUUGCCCAACAUCUGCUCCAGAGAGGACACAGAUGUGCAUGUGCUAUAAGGUAUUACUGAGACCAGAAUAAUUGAUGCUAAACAUUCUUUACUAUUUAAAUGUUUCUUUUAUGUAUAUUCUGUAAAGGUUAUUGUUAUGAUGUACUCAUUUAUAAAGAUGACUAAUUUUGUAGUAUUUAUGAAUAAAAUUAUGUAUUAUAGUUAUGAUAA